AUGGGAAAGGUUGAAGUUUGGGAACUUCAGGAAAGCUCUUCAGAAAAUCUGUAUUAUGAAGAAAGCCAAGAAAGUUCCUACGUUGAAAGUCAAGAAACACCAGAUGAAGAAAGAGAAAACAGAGCAGUGGACCUAUUCGACAACGAUUAUACAAAAAGAAGACUAAGAAAACACUCGGAUUCUGAGGAUGGAAGACCUAGAGAAAUCGAUUCAAAUGAAAAUACGGAAGAGGAAGAAUCGGAAUUUGAAAGUGAACAUUCAACAAGCAAGGAAUCAUUGUCAGAUAAUGACUACAAAGAAGAAUUGUUCCUUCUUCAAUAUGUUAGACACUAUGGCCAAGAAGUAAAUCAAACCCUUUAUAACUUCGAGUGUCUUCCCAGACAUUGGAAUGGAGUGUUUUAUAUUACAUCAGCGCAUAAUUUAGAGUCUGUGCCUCAAAAUUACUUUUACUAUAUUGAAAUUGGACGUAUCAACCCCAAUGCACAAUCUAGAUAUAGACCAGGAGAAAGAUUGACACUGGGAAAUCCAAUUUUUAUAUGCAAUAAAUUGAAAAUGGAGAUCUCAUAUGGCGAUUUAAAGGACUACUUUGUGAAAAUCGACUUGUGGAAAAAACAUAGACUGAGUUUAAACACACUCCAUGCUACUAGGUUCUUAACAUUUCAGGAUGUAAUAGAAAACAAAUCAAACCUAACACUCGCUUUGGAUAUGCCUGUUCCUGAUGUUACAAAGGAAAGUGAGGGGAAUACCGUUAUCACAGAGGAUAGCGAGAGAAAAAUACCCCUUCAUAAACUUAAUGUAGUAAUGCUUCUGGAGGAAAUUUUUGAUUUCAUGUUUGUAUUUGAGAACUGGUCCUUUACUCCGUCCCCUCAUCUUCCAGAUCAUUUAAAAAAUUCGCCCAAGAAUAUAAAAGUCUCAGUGAUUAGGGAGAUUGGAAAGGGGUGGGAUAGUAAGUGGGCUGGUGUUUCUAACGAUGACUACUGGCCAUCAGCUGGAGUGUUUAAUUACAGAGGAACUAUCCGCCACAUGAAAAUUUCUUAUUUUCAAGUAAAAGUUUAUUGCAUCACUAACAAGAAAUUCUGGAGAAGGACCACAACAUUACUUGGGACAUGCGUUAUGUCACUUAGAUCAGUAAGGGAUUAUCCAUUAGUGAGAGGAGCUGUAAAGAAGCUUGCCAAAGGGGCUGACCAAAUGCAGAGUGGAACAAUCCAAGGAAAUAUAGUGUGUUAUAUGAGCAGUGCAGGCCUGAAACAUUUUUAUGAGAACAAAAAAAGGCCAGCACAACCUAUAUCAGGAUCAUCACUACUUACACACCUUGAUAAGAGUUACAGAUAUUUAGUUAUAAGGUUGGUUAGAUGUGAAAGUUUACCCUCAACUAAUACAGAUACAAACUCGUCAGACCCCAUGGUGAAGGUCAGAUGGGACGGAAUAGUCAACUGUACUCCUACUUUGGAAUGCACAACUAGUCCCGUUUACAACCACAAUAUGUACUUCCCAAUCCAUUUAGUUGACGAAGAGGAAACUAAGAAUAUAUUCCUUAUCAUGAACUGUCUUCCAGUGGAUUUGUUAUCCAAAGGACCUGUUGUCAUGGAAGUCUGGGAUGGGGAUGAUACUUCAACUGAGUUUUUGGGAGGGGUCGAGGUUCCUUUAUCUAAGUUAUUCCUAAAUGGAAUAGAAACUAGGAGAAGUUUGGUUGAUGGUAUUUACAAUGAAGGAUCGAAACAGGGUUUGGAUGAUGAAGACGGUCAUGAAGUGGGUGAACCUGUUUUAUAUUCUGGGUUUUCUAACGAUGUUAACGUGGAACAUCUUACUCCAGUUUAUAGGGAUACACUGACUCUAACUGGAUAUACAGUACCACAUAGAGGAUCCAAGCCCACAAUUACCUUUGAAAUGUAUAUACUCCCUCCCAUGCCCCAAGGUUUAACAGUUCCAAACGAUCAGAAGAGACAAGUUAAAUCUGAUACUUACAGGGAUUUGGCUAGACGUUGGGAUAAGGAAUUUGAAACUUGGCAGAAGAUGUACAAGGAUCAAACCUUAUCCAACUUUCCCCAGAGACGUUUUUUAACAACUACUACAAACAAUGCUCUUAAAAUGGAAAUCUCGCCAACUGAAGUGAUUAUUCUUUCAUGUUUUGUUACUCCUAUACAAAUCCCCUCUCAAUUAUCAAGACCAGGAACAUUGAUGCAUUGGAUUUCAAACUUUGCACUUAAGGAAGAUUCGAUUGACACAGUUGGAGAAUUGAGAAAAAUUGAUAAUUGGCAAACCCCCUCAAGGUUUCUUACAACCAGGAAGGGAGGCCUUCAUGAUAGAGCUGUUUUACUCUGUAGUUGUCUGCUUGGAAUUAAUUUCGACGCAUACGUCUGUAAGGGAACCAUAAAAAAUGGAACUGUUGAGCACUGUUGGGUCAUGACCAGGCACUCUGAUUCAACUGUGUCCUUUUGGGAAACUGGAAACAAGAAAAUUUGGCACCUUCCUAAGAGGUGGAGAGUUUCCAAACAAGACUCCGACUGUUAUGAAGAUUUAAAUGUUACCUCGGGACCCAUUUUAGAUAACUAUAAAAAUAUUACAUUCGAACCCUCCUCAAACCUACAGCAAUUACAAGUUCCAAAUAAAAAUGUUCAUGGACUUACAAAGUAUGAAAUGUACGGAAAUGAUUAUGUCCCUGAUCAAAAGGUGGACUUGGAUGCCUUGCUCCACAAACACGACGAAGUUAACUUUGAUACCUCCUCCUUAAGAGAUAACUUGAGUAAAACACUCCUUGAUAAUCCCCAAAGAAAACAGCAAUUUGCAAAAACUGUGAAACAAUUAAAUCCGAAACAGGAUCUAAUUAUACCCUUUGAGACUUUGGUUCACUUGCCUUAUUCUUCCAUUGAAACUGUAUUCAAUAACAAACAACUUUGGGGAAAUAUACAAAACCAUCACCCCUCUUGCAUUUUAUACGAUUUGGAAGAUCCACUUCAGUGGAAACCAUUUCUCAAAGUUCCAUUACAAGACGAAUUAUCGCAGUACAUACAAAUCACUCCCCCUCCAACCAUGAACAAAUGCAUUGAGACAUCUAAUGAUAUAUCUAAUGAUAUUUGUGACAUGAUUGAAGUCAUGAGGGCCCAUAGAGGUUUAAAGUGCUCAAUUUCGAAAGAAGAUGAAAUGAAAGAAAAGCUCGGGAAUUUUCUAGAUUUAAUGGAAUAUAGAGAGUCACUCGACCCUCAAUUCGAUCCAGGAAUGCCUAUUCACCUUUUGGGUUGGAGUAACAGAAAGAAGUUGAAGAAGUUAAGUAAGACUAGAAAUGUCCAGGAAGUGGUAAAUAAUAUGAAAAAAUCAACUAAACAACCUCAAUUUGAUUCAUAUUAUUCAACAGAAUCUACAGAUGUAUCCCCUAAACCCCAAUCAGUUAACCAACAAGUCAAUGAACAAAGUGAAAAGGUUUCUGAAAAAUCACAGAAAUCAGCUAGGGAUUUAGAAUCUGGAGUUAAUCCUGAACAGCCACCUGUUGAGGCGGAACAAAAUGCUGAUAAUGAAAAUCCUGAAGUAAAUACAGAACCAGAAAGGCGUAAAAAAACUACUUCUCGAGGUCGAAAAAGAAGACAUAGCAGGCGUGAAAAGAGAACAAAGCCGUUGGAGAAAAGGACUGUUGAGGACCCAAAACAUCAAAGCCUAAUUAGAUAUAGGGGAACCAGGUUAAAUUUGGAGAAAAAAGUAAAUUUGGUCAAAAAUGGAUUUGAAAUCAGUUUAAAGAAAAAAUCCAAGCCUAAAAAUGUUAAAAACCUGAAACAACCAAAGAUACACAAAAGUUUCUAUGAUGUUACUCAUGUUGAAGUUCCUGAAUUUCAAAUCUGUUCCAGAUUUAACCCUAUAAAUACUCCUUCAAGUUCUGGAGUUUCUAGAACUCCCAUGUCUGAUUUAUCAGUGGCAAGUCUUGAAAAAUUCUCAUUCAACAAACACUCUGAUAUAAUUCAUUCUGCUGUUCACAGAAUGAGGGUUUCUAUUCAGGAAAAGUCUCGUAACCAUAAUCUUGGUAGAAGAGAAGAUUCUAAAAAUGUCAAGCUUACAAAUUAUAUGAACCAGCAAAAUUAUUUGGUAAAGAAUAGAAAGUCGUUCCUUAAAAAGUUAAGGACUGCUGUUAAUAAGCGUGGCUCUAGAUUUGAAAGAAAUCCCAGAUUCAUUGAGGACAUGAAUCUAGUGGUUCAAAUGCCAGAGUUCCGAAAGGAAUAUAUGUAUGCAGACUACAAUAUUCCUUACGAGUUCACUAUACACAAGUCUGUUGAGACUUCUAAUUGGAACCAUUACUACCAUUAUGAGGCUCUUUUUUAUUCUUGGCAGAAGAAUAUACCAGUAAUGGCAAACCACACUUUUGUAGGAAUUCCUAUCCACUUUUCAACGAGUGAUGUUAAUGAGAUUAGGAGACUCUUGUGUUGUAACAAAAGAUUCAAGAAACUGUUUGUCAACAAGUUGGACGAUUUGGUUUAUGUUAUUUGUUGUAAAGUUUAUCCAUUCUUGGGUAACCUCUUUUCAACCUGGGUCUUUAUAGGAUGCCAUGUCCCGUGGAGAAUGUAA